AUGGGCGCUGCCUGGGCCUUAGGAAUGCACUAUCGGAGCAACUGGAUAGUGAGAACUGCUGAAGUGACGUCAGUGAUCCUAUGGAAUCUAGGAGUGUUCAUAACGUUGUACCUUUCCUAUGCUCCGGUUGAGGAUCUUCCUCUGGUCGGUCAGUCUUCUGGUACUGCCUUUUUCACUGUAGUCACCGUAGUGGGCGGGGCGACCAUCGCCUUCACCAAAUCAGCGACUAUGCUACGCCUGAAGCCCUACAACAAGGAGGGUGUUCUCAAGCAUGCGGGCAUCUGUAUGCAGUUCGGUUCUAUGGUCGGCGCAGUUACCUGUGCAUUAAUCGCCAACCUGGUGAAGCCACCUACUCACUGA